UCUGGGGCCCCUGCCAGUCGCGUCCGUUCUGGGGCCCGCGCCGAGCUCGCGCGGGAGGAGGCAGCCCCGGCGGGGACCCUGGGCCUCCCACCGGGCGGUCUCCGGCCGGCACGGGUGCGGGGAGCCAGGCGCUGAGAUGCCCCGAGGGGGCAGUGGCUGCGAGCCGAGCCCGGGUGGAAGCGCGUCGCAGUGGACGCGGGCGCCCCUCGCCACUUCAGUGACCCUUCAGGAGCCGGGACCGGAGCCCCGGAGGCGGCGGUACGGGCCCGCGAGGGCGGCGAGGUCUGUGCUCCCAACGUCCGGGGCGGGCGCCGGCUGCGGAGCCUCGGGCCAGCUCGUCGCCUCCCGCCUCUCCCCUCCAGCCCCCCGCGAGCUGGCAGGAGGAAAUAGCGCGCGGCCCCUUUAAAUUUACCCAGGAGCCCUUAAAGGAGCCCCAGGGGCCCCAGACAGGAGUCCCCACCCCGGUCCAGCCCGCGCCGCCGAGCGAGCAGCCAGCCGUCCGUGCGGCCAGCCGCCCCGUGCAUGCGCCCCGCGCCCCGGGGCCCCGAGCACCGAGCGCCCCGCGCGGGCCGCCGCCGGCCCCGCGGCCCCGCGCCCCGCCGCCCCGGGGCCCCGCUCCGCAGCGCAGCGCAUGGAGCCCGGCGGGGACCACCGGAGCCGGAGCGGCGGCGGCAGGGGCGGCCCCGGGCCAACAGCGGCCUCCGCACGGGGCCGACGGCUGCCGCCCGCCGGAUCGAGCGGCGGCGCGGAACCCGAGGAGGACGACGGCGGGCAAGAUCUUCAGCUGGAUGGGGGUGCCUUGGGGUCCUGGGGGAGCGCCCCCCUGCCCUCCUCCAGGGCCAGGGGCCCGGCAUCUUCAGGCAGGAAAUACUCAGACCACUGUGAGGCCCGGGCCUCGAGGCCUGGAAAGAGCCGCAUCCCCGGCCGUGACCACCGGCGCUACUACCACGACCACUGGCGGCUGGAGUACCUGAUGGACUUCAACCCCGCCCGGCACGGCAUGGUGUGCAUGGUGUGCGGCAGCUCCCUGGCCACGCUCAAGCUCAGCACCAUCAAGCGGCACAUCCGCCAGAAGCACCCCUACUCCCUGCACUGGAGUCCCCGGGAGAAGGAAGUCAUCAGCAACAGCUGGGAUGCCCACUUGGGGCUGGGGGCCUGUGGAGAGUCCGAGGGCCUGGGAGCCCAGGGGGCCGAGGAGGAGGAGGAAGAGGAAGAGGAAGAGGAGGAGGAGGGGGCUAGCCUGCAAGCUUGCGCACCCAAGGGCCCAGGCAAAGCCCCAGCUGGUGAGGGCAGCCGAUGCCAGCGGCGAGGGGGCCCAGUGGCACCCCGGGCUCGGCGUCGGCGCCUCUCAGCCUCCCGGAGGGCCGGGGGCAGCAGGGGGCUGGGGGCCCGGCGGCUGGAGCGGAGGCUGAAGGAGUCCCUGCAGAACUGGUUCCGGGCAGAGUGUCUCAUGGAUUAUGACCCUCGGGGGAACCGGCUGGUGUGCAUGGCCUGUGGCCGGGCACUGCCCAGCCUGCACCUGGACGACAUCCGAGCCCACGUGCUGGAGGAGCACCCCAGCUCCUUGGGGCUCAGCGGCCUGCAGCGCAGCGCCCUGCUGCAAGCCUGGGGUGGCCAGCCCAAGACACUGUCUGAGCUCCCUCGGUCCCCACCAGACGAUGACCUCGUCCCCCAGGACCUGACCAGAAAGAGCCGGGACCCCGCCCCCACUGCUGGAGCCCUCUCCUCUCAGGACCUCAGUCCCCCAGACGUAAAAAAGGAAGAGGCUGGCUGGGUCCCUGAGAGGCCCGGGCCCACAGAGGAGGAGGAGGAGGAAGGCGAGAGGGUGGGGGUCCCGGGCCGGUCGCCGCGGGGCCGGGACCACCGUCGCCGCUACCAGGAGCGCUGGCGGCUGGAGUACCUCAUGGAGUUGGACGGCGGCCGCCGCGGCCUGGUGUGCAUGGUGUGCGGGGGCGCGCUGGCCUCGCUCAAGAUGAGCACCAUCAAGCGGCACAUCCGCCAGCGCCACCCGGGCUCCACGCGCCUCAGCGGGCCCGUCAGGGCCCUCAUCGCCCAGGAGUGGAGCGAGAAGGCCGCUCACCUGCUGGCCCUGGGGCUGCCCCGCCCCGAGCCCCCCAGGGACCCUGCCGCCCCCGGCACAGCCACAGCCUCCGAGGAGGGGGGUGGGGAAGAGGAGGAGGAGCCAGAGGAGGAGGAGUGGUGGGGCGGUGUCCCGCAUUCCCCAGGGGAGCCGUCGGAACGGCCCACCGAGGACGACGAGGAUGACGAAGACGGCCAAGAGUCCGGAGGACUCGCCUUCCCGCCGCUGCCCCCGCCGCCGCCUCCGCCGCCGCCGCCGCCCCCGCCCCGCAGCCGAGAGCAGCGGCGGAACUACCAGCCGCGCUGGCGGGGCGAGUACCUGAUGGACUACGACGGCAGCCGGCGUGGCCUGGUGUGCAUGGUGUGCGGGGGCGCGCUGGCCACGCUCAAGGUCAGCACCAUCAAGCGGCACAUCCUGCAGGUGCACCCCUUCUCCAUGGACUUCACGCCCGAGGAGCGCCAGACCAUCCUGGAGGCCUACGAGGAGGCGGCGCUGCGCUGCUACGGCCACGAGGGCUUCGGGCCGCCGGCCCCGGCGCCGCGCGACGGCGGCGCGGACCUCAAAGCGGGCGCCGUCUGCCGGGCGUAGCGGGCUCGUGGGGCGGGCGGGGCGGGCGGGGCGGCUCCGCCCUGUGCUCCGCAGGCCCGUGGGCCGGACUCCCUGCUUCCCGCGGCCCUGGCCGCCGGCGCCGCUGCCCCCGCCCCGCUGGCCGGGCCGGGCGGAGAUAGGACUUGGGUGGGGUCGCGGGUUCCGCUCGCAGCCCCGGAGCCCCCCACCCCCCCACCCCGGGCCGGUCGGUGCGCCGAGGAAAGCGCGGGGCCCCACGUUUCCCGAGAGGCCAGCGCGGCCGCCAAGCGUGUGCACGGAGGGCCUGCAGCCCUAGCCCGCGCCAGGCCCGUGUGGGGGGUGCCGACUGUCAGUAUUAGGGCCCCGAGGGCGGGGUGGGGGUUGGUGGGGGGCAGGAGGGCCGCGCCGGCCGCGUCCGCUGGCGGGGGCCCAGCUCCCUGUAGCGUUGCAGGCGGGCAGGCACGGCCCCCGGGUCGGGGGCGGCCGCUCCCGCGUCCUCAUUGGUAUUCGCGGCCGCUCGUAGGCCGGGACUGCGGACGAGGGCCUCCAGCGGAGGGCGGGGCGGCGGGGCUCGGGAGCCCGCCCGGGGCGGGGAGGACGCUUGGACCGCCGGCGGGCGGGCGGCCAGAGGCGGGGGCGGAGCUGGGCCGGGGCCCCGGCAGCUGCGCCAGCCUCCCGGGCGGGCUCUGGGGACAGCACGCCCCGCGGCCCCUUCCGGCUCCCCCGCUCCUGCCGCGCCCUCCUGGACCCCGAUCUUGUAAAGGGAUUAGCACUUUUCUCCUUUUGCUCCUCUCCUGCUCCGAAGACCUCCGUUUUCCCCUAAACCCAGUCAGGCGCUCCUGCUCUAGGGUCCCCGUUGGUCCGAGCCCGGGGCACUGGAGGUCCCGGCAGUUGGAGUUCUAUUCCCGUCCCCUCCUUGUCCCCCUUCGUACAUGGUGGACGUGCCACCCAUUCUCAGUCCCCAAGGGCCUGGGGCCGGGCCUCGGCCUUCCUUUCUCUUCCCCGCGGCAGCGCCAGGCCCGGUGGGGCCGGGAAGGGGCCCCGCGAUCUCCCAGGCAGGUCCGAGUGGGGCGUGUAGAUUCAUUCUCCCGUGGAGAACAGGUGGCCCCGAGAUCAGGCCCUUUUUGCUCUUUGUAUUUAUUUUGAAACUGUAUUUAAUGCUUUUAUAUGAAAGGGAGAGGGGCGGGGAGAGAGCUGUCCCAGUCACCCUUACGUGCAAAUGUCUUAUUUAUUAUACGUGUAUCAGAGAUAAGCUGUGAGGUGGUGGAGAAAGGACUGAAUGGAGGAAGGAGUGAGGACAGAGGUGGGGAUGGGGGACCCUAAACAUCCCGCACUAAUGUGUGACUCUCCAGGCCUUUCUUGGAGUCUCUGGGCCUGUGUCUGCUCUUCACAUGGCCAGGCCGGUUCUUUCGGUCUUACAGCCUGAAAGUGGGGAGGUGGGACUUGCCGGGGAGGCCUGGAGGCAGAGGGGCCCCCGGCACCUGGGGCCAGGGGCUCCCUCUGUGGGUGGGAACGCAAGACAGCAAAGAGGAAGCCCUUCCUCAUCCCAGCACCCCUAGGCCAGAGCCCAAGGUUCAAGUGCCUCAGGCCCAGUCCCCUUGACUCGUCCUGAUUGGGAAUUGGAUUUUAUACCAUGGAUUUUAUAGCAUUUUUAUAUAAUUCAAGAUUGUCAGAGUCCGAAUGACCUUGGAGAUCCGCCAGUCCCCGCCCCCUCGGCCCCUUCCGCAGACAGGUAGUGAAGUUCGGAAACUGAAAUGAUGACACACAGCCAGGUAGGAACAGUAUAGAAAUAGAAUAAAAAGCUCAACUCCCAACUCAGUGUUGUUUGCACUACACCCCUCGGCCUCCCAAUCUCUGGUCAAUUAAGGUUUCUUUUCCCAUGGGGCCUGCCAAAGGGUGGAACCGGUGCCACAGGCCGUUAGAGCAGAGUGGCCUCCUCCGGGGACCGCGAAGACGUGCGUGGCUCCCUGGGACUGGUGUCGUCUAGGGCAGCUCUGGCUGCCUUGGACUUCAGCUCCAGGUUUCCGGCAGCCGCCUGCUCCCUCAGAAGUCCACGAGCGCGGCUGACGGUCCCCCCAGUCCUGUGGCCUCCCCAGGAGGGCAAGGGCUCUGGCGUUGUGUUCUGUUCUAGGUGCCCCAGGGACUCAGGAAGUACAGCAGGAGCUGUCAGUUGGCUGAGAAGUGAAUUUUGAACCUCCAGGGGUUGUGAGUCAGUAUUAAGAGCUUGAGAACAGGGAUUAUGGAUGGCACCGGGCUGGGCACUGCCAUUCUUUUAUUUUUCUUCAUGCAUGUUGUUUUCAGAUCCAGAGUGAGUAUUUCACCACUUUUUGCGACUCUGCCUGUUCCAAAACAGGAGGCAGAUUGGGGUGACCUCUUCUGGUUACCCAAGCCCACCGCCAAAGUUCAGGUAAGCCAGGACAGAGAGCUGGUCAGGAAUGGCUUUUCCUCUGGACAGGCAGGGACGGAGGCCUUAAGACAGGAAUGAGGGUCUUCGUUGAGAGGCAGCCCCAGGCACUCCAGGGGCUUCUCAAAGUGUGGCCAUCGGACCCGCAGCAUCACAUUAUGAACCUACUAGAAACAUAUCCUUGGGGCCCGUCUUGAAUCAGAAAUGGCAGCACCCAGCAGUCCUUUUGGAUAAGCCCUCCAGUGCUCACGAAGCUGAAGAUCUGGGCAGGAGUGGGCCCAGUGCCACCGUAGGGGUUCCUGGUUUGACCGCCCCUACCGCCUCUUGGGGUGGGGGUGGGGGGCCAGGUUGUCCUCCUCUCUCUGUGCCUCCUCCUUGCCUUGGGAGUCUGACAUGAACAGGUGAAGUUUCUUCAUGAAUUUUUUGUUGAUGGUAUGCUUGCUAUUAUGGCCAAUAUGUAAAUGUUACUCUGAAUCCAUAUUUAUACGCCACGUUAGUGACAUUACUCGAACAUUACUUGUAUGUGUAUUUGUGAAGUUGUUGGCUUCAGUUAUUUUUUAAAGAAAAAUUUCAGCCUAAGUUUUCUAAGAGGUAUGUUGAAUAAAUUUUAAGAAUCCAGCUUAAGGGUCAUGGCAGCCUUAGUUUUGGGGGAAGACUCAAUCUGAAGGAAUAUGGUUCUGACGUAUGUGGUCUCCACUUUCCAUGGUGACUGACUCUGACGUCUAGGCUGCUUCACGCUGCGGGCGGGCGACCCUCUGAGGUUGGUGUGAGGCUGAACUGGGACAGCAGACCCGCCGGCCCCUUCCACUCCUCACCCUCUUUCUCCUAAGGUCACCUCUUAAGAGGGUCUCUGGGAUCUUUCAGAAACCAAACACAACAGCUUUGCUCUACUAUGGAAAUUCUGCAAUCUUGGGAAUCACUGCCAGCCUCAACUAUGAGCUGCUUUUUAAAGCAUCAAGAGUGGAGUGGGGAUGGGGCCGGUGGAAGCCUGGUUCUUACUUUACCCAAACUGUAUGUAUAAAGAAUAAAGUUAGCAGAACGACACCACA